GGGAGCACUCCAAUGGAGCUUAUGUCCUCAGGUUCUCAAUCAGCUGGGGAUGAUAGGGAUUUCAAAAUGGUGACUUAUGUGAAGGGCCUUUAUGCUCUUAAUGAUGCUUUUGCUGAUCCCGUAUCUACCGAGAUUGAGGCAAAAUUUGACUCUUGGAUUGGUGAAGGAUUGCUUAAACAUCCUAGGCAUUAUAAUUGUUAUGAAGACGGCGCAAAGAAAUUUACCCCGGGUUUUAGGCUAGGUGUUGAUUAUGUUGAGGAUAAAACUUGGUUUUACCAUUUGGCCACAUGCGACAUGUUUAUGAACGACUCGCAUAUGAACACCAUAUUCUAUUACCUUCGGAAAAAAGGUAAGUAUUCUUCCGCUGUGACGUUGAAUUUCGCAACUACUGAUUGUCUUUUUGAUGAUUCCAUCCAAGCAUUGUACCACAAAUUUAACAAGGCCAAGUCAAUGAAGACUAAGAUGUCACACAUUCACGCUGCCCACCCAAUUGCGCAUUACAUCCGAGGUAUGCGCAUUCCCUGUUCCAAGCCUUGGUAUGAAGCCGAUCACGUGCUUUUCAUCAUCAAUUUAAGAAGGGAAAGUCAUUGGGUUUUUGGGCGUCUUGACGUGAACGAAGGGACGUUGUUUCUGUACAAUUCUUUGAGAACCGCGAAGAUGAAUGCCGCAGCUAGGAAUGCGAUGAAGGCUUAUUCCGUUGAUUGUGGAGCAUAUGUUGCUGCCUUUGCUGAAUUCUUUAUACACGGAAAGGAUGUCCCUGCAGACUUUGACAUCGAAGUUUAUCGAACCCGACUUGCUUCACUUUUCUACUCGUACGGACAAAGGAAAAUUGACGAAAGUAUUGACAGCGAGGAUGAGAAGCAAACCAAGUCUUCUAAGGCAUCUAAAUUGAAGAAAUAG